AUGAACAUUGCCAGAGGUAUUUUGACAGCCAGAGGAGGUAUGACAUCUCAUGCUGCUGUCGUUGCAAGAGGUAUGGGUAAAUGCUGUGUUUGUGGUGCUGGAUCUUUGAACAUUAAUUACAAAUAAAGAACACUUGAAGUUAACGGAAAGGUUUAUGCUGAAGGUGAUUGGAUUUCAUUGAAUGGAUCAACAGGAGAUGUCUUUGAAGGAAAAUUAAAAACAUAAGAAGCAUAACUCAGUGGAGAUUUUGGUUUGAUUAUGGAUUGGGCUGAGAAAUACACUAGAAUGUAUGUUAGAACCAAUGCAGACACACCAAAGGAUGCUUAAAUUGCUAGAAAAUUCGGUGCCAAGGGUAUUGGAUUGACAAGAACUGAACAUAUGUUCUUUGAAGGAGAAAGAAUCAAAGCUAUGAGAGAAAUGAUUCUAGCAUCAGAUUUGGCAGGCAGAUAAACUGCAUUGGCUAAAUUAUUGCCAUUCCAAAGAAGUGACUUUGAAGGUAUUUUUGAGGCUAUGAAUGGAUAUGGAGUAACAAUUAGAUUGUUGGACCCACCCCUCCAUGAAUUCGUUCCACAUGAAACUGCUUAAUAAUAGGAAUUGGCUUAAGAUAUGGGAUUGACUUUAGAUUAAGUUAAAUAAAAGGUCCAUGAAUUAGCAGAAUUCAACCCAAUGUUGGGACAUAGAGGUUGCAGAUUAGGAAUUACAUAUCCAGAAAUCACAGAAAUGUAAACCAGAGCCAUCAUUGAAGCAGCUCUUAACAUCAAAGCCAAGGGUAUGGAUGUUAAACCAGAAAUUAUGGUUCCAUUAGUUGGUAAUGUUAAUGAAUUAGAGCACUAAUUGAAAGUUGUUAAAAAGACAGCUGAAACAGUAUUCUAAGAGAGAAAGGACACAAUUCAUUAUUUAGUCGGAACUAUGAUUGAAGUACCAAGAGCUUGCUUAGUUGCUGAUUAAAUUGGUCAAAUUGCUGAAUUCUUUUCAUUUGGUACAAACGAUUUGACUUAGAUGACACUCGGAUUCUCAAGAGAUGAUGCUGGUAAAUUCUUACCAUAUUACAUUAACAAUGGAAUCUUGAAAGUCGAUCCAUUCUAAGUUUUGGAUAGACAAGGAGUAGGAAAGAUGGUUGAAUUAGCAGUCAAGAAUGGAAAAUCAACAAAUCCAAAUUUGAAAGUUGGUAUUUGCGGUGAACACGGAGGAGAACCAUCAUCAGUUGAAUUCUUCCACAUUGUUGGAUUAGACUAUGUCAGUUGCUCACCAUUCAGAGUUCCAAUUGCAAGAGUUGCAGCAGCCAUUGCCAAUUUAACCCAUCCCUGAGUAUUUCAUUAAAAAAAUAUAUAAAUUUUAUAUUAUUUUAAAAU